AUGAUGGCAGGCCCUUUGGACAUGAAAAUCAUCGUAACCGGGGCGGGCAUGGGAGGCCUGGGUUGUGCACUCUCACUGGCAAGGAAGGGAUUCAAGCACAUCGACGUGUACGAGACUGCCUCGAACCUGGGCUUCGUCGGCGCCGGCAUCCAGAUGGCCCCAAACAUGGUGCGCAUCCUGGACAGGCUGGGCUGCUGGAGAGGGAGUGGGAUUGAGAAGGAGGCUACCAAUGUCAAGGAAACGAGCAUCAGACAGGGCAGCACCAACGAGGAACUUGCCCAUGUCAACAUGCCAGACAUAGCUGAAAAGUACGGCUACCCACACUGCACUGGCCAUCGCUCAUCGUUGGCAGGCGGCAUGUAUGAAGCUUGCAAGAAAGAGCCGGCCAUCACUUUCCAUUUCGGGACGUCCGUCGUAGGCGUGAACAGCUGGGGUCCAUCCAAGCCACGUAUCACUGUCCGGUCCGCGGGUGCCGAUGGCGAAACGAAGGAGGUGGAGGCAGACGUGAUCCUCGCGGCGGACGGCAUUAAGAGCGUCGUGCGGAGGGAGAUGCUCGCUCGGUACGGAGCCGAGCCCGAGGAGGAGGACACCGGUCAGGCCUGCUACCGGAUCAUGCUGACGCGGGCCGAAAUGGAGGCGAUCGGCGAGCCGGAGCUCAUGGAGCUCAUGGAUAGCGACCUGGUGGUGCGCUGGAUCGGAGAGAAGCGCCACAUCAUCGCGUACUCAGUCGCGGGCAAAUCCAUCUACAACCUGUCGACGACGCAGCCGGAUGUCAACUUCGCCGCCGGCCCGACCUCGACCUACACGACGCGCGCGUCCAAGGAGGCCAUGCUCAAGGUCUUUGAGGACUUUUGCCCGCUCGUCCACAAGAUGCUCGACAUGGUGCCGAGCGGUGAGGUCUGCGAGUGGAAGCUGCGGCAGCACAAGACGCUGCCGACGUGGUGCGACGGCCCCGUCGCCCUGCUCGGCGAUGCCUGCCACCCGACGCUGCCGCACCUGAGCCAGGGCGCUGCCAUGGCCAUCGAGGACGGCGCGGUGAUCGCAGAGGUGCUGAGCCGCCUGCCCCCGGGCGAGGUCAACCCUGUUGAGGUCGGCCGCCGCCUCAAGGUCUACGAGCUGCUGCGGAAGGACCGUACUUCUGAGCUAGUCAAUCUCGCGGCCAUGUCGGCCCGAGCACUGCACUUGGGCGACGGCAAGGCCAAGGAGGAGCGAGAUCGGCAGUUUGCAGAAGCCCGCGCCAAGGGUGGCGCUGCCCCCGUUCCGGACAAGUGGGCUUCGCCCGAGGUGCAAAAGAUGAUAUACUCACAUGACUGCGUCCAGCAUGCCGCUGAGAACUACGACAGGAUACUGGCGACCCUAUCUUAA